AUGGCACAGACAGACCAUGCAGAAGGUGCACGAGACCGGCGCUCUUCCUUGCAUGCUGCACGUCAGGCAGUGCGCCUCGAAGAUGAUGACUCGGAAGAGGAAAGCGGUAAGUCUGACCUGGAUGGAGACCCAAAAGACUUGCAGCAGAUGUCGGAAGUUGAAAGGUUGGAGGCCAUGAACCAGUUCGCAGCCCGGCGAAAAGCCGGAAGCACCAAUGUAGAGGAGGACUCUGUCGCCAAAGCUGCGGCAGAAGCCUUUGCCAAGGGGGGCACGCAGGUGAUGCUGCCUGCGAAGGAGGUGUCGGAGCUACCUGAGAGGUCCGGUUGGGUGAAGCGUAUGGGCGAGAAUUUGGCUUUCCUCUCAAGCUGGCAGUGGCGGUGGCUGGUACUCAAGGAUUGCCGAGUGGCUUGGUUUGACGGUCCUGACAAAAAGCGCUUGCAUGGCGUCAUAGACUUCGAGCUGGUGGAUGUGGAGCUCGAGCGGCUCUGGGACGAUCCCUCAACCAGUGAAUCCUCGCGUAGCCAGGCCGUCAGAAGAGGCAAAGAUCGCGGUUGCCGGGGAGUCUGCAUCUCCGGCCUCUUCGGUUCGGACGAAGCCUAUUUCCGGCUUCUUGCUGCCGGAAGCAAUCGGGCCUUUGAGUUUGGCGUUGCCACGCAAAAGGAGGCCGGCUACUGGAUGGAUGAGAUCCUGAACCAUUUGGAGGAAGCGGAUCGUCGCUGCGCGGGGCGGCCACGACUCAGCGCCGACAGGCUCAAUGACUUUCAGAGGAGCCGCAUCAAAAACGCGUGGUGGAAGGUCAGCCGCAUCUCACCAGAGACCUUCAAGCACGUUGCAGAGACGGGCGAUGUCCUGCUUUUCAAGUCCGAGGGCACCUUCCCGAGGUUAAUUCGCGCGGCCUCAGCUGGUGGCCGCUUCGAUCACGUAGGUCUCAUUUUGAGGAUGGAAGGUGACACAAUCGGCAUCCUCGAAGCCACAGGCAAUGAGGGAGUCGGACUUUGCACUUGGAGAACCUUCUUGGCCAACGGGUGGCAGAACUUGUAUCCGGAGAUGGCCUUGCGGCGUGUUCGAUGCACGCGAAAUCAAGAGGCGCUAUUUGCUUUGCAGGAGUGGGUUGGCAAGGUCAUUGGCAAGCCCUACAACCUCUCCGUGAGCAAGCUGCGACACAGAGGAUCGACUGGUGGCGGACAGCAGGAUUUCUUUUGCUCGCAGCUGGUGGCCGAAGCAUUGAAAGUUCUUGGCGUCAUACCAAGAGGUCAGAAGGACUCAGCAGAGUUCUGGCCGUCCUCAUUUUCAGCCAAGAGCGCGCCGAUCACUUGCUCCCCGGGCUGUAGCAUGGACCCAGAGGAUUUGACCAUUGAUUUCAGCUUGACAAACGAGAUGGCUGCGAGAAGCAGCAGUUCGGCAAAAAGGGAUGCCACGGUCAGCUUGUGGUGA